UUCUUAAUCCACUGCCGAACGUCUUUCAGAAACAUACAUGAUUUUAAUCGGACCACCAUUCAUUUGAUCCAAUCCUGUGUCACUGUACGAAGCUGUAGCUCCAUCGGCUCACUUCGGUAGAGGCACGUGCUGCGCACGGGGUCGAUGUAUUUGUCGGUAUAGAAAGAAAGUUCUGGAAGCAGACUACGAGACGACGAAUCCGAUCCGACGCAGACACAGAGGGCGGCCUUCGUUCGCUCCCGCCUGCUCCUCUUUUUGGGUAUUUACUUCUUCCUCCUCGACCAUCUCCGCGCCAGAUCACUCCGGGGUUGCUAGCGAGAGGGAGACAUGGGGGUCGAGAGGAGCCACGGUGGUUGCAUGGCCAUCGGUUCGCUGCCGCCGCACUCCAUCUUCAGGUGCGCUCACAGCGCUUCCGCCGCUAAUGUCGACUCCAAUCCUUGAGUUGGGGAGAAGCUGUAGUAUAUUCUAUUUUAGUCGUGCAUUGCGAGUUGUAGGUCAGCCGAUAAGAUUUAUAAGCUCAGAAAGGUGAUCAGACGUGUGGUUCACCAAGAUGGAUCGGGAAAGGAUUAUCUUGCGUUUGUAUGAAACGCAAAGGAACUUAUGAGCGCAUUUGCAUGAAUCUCACUCCUUUGCAGGAAAAGAGACUUCAAAGAUUGAAGCAUCGCGUGAAUGUUUAUUUUGAUGGUUCAAGAUGUGAACAUCAGGAAGCUCUCAGGGCUCUUUGGUAUGCGACGUACCCUGAUAAAGAGCUCAGUGGCCUUGUAUCCGACCAGUGGAAGGAGAUGGGCUGGCAGGGGAAGGAUCCGUCCACUGACUUUAGGGGUGCCGGGUUUAUUUCAUUGGAGAAUCUUCUAUUCUUUGCGAAAACAUUCUCUAAUUCCUUCCAGAGGUUGCUAAACAAGCAGUUUGGAAAUCGAUCUACAUGGGAGUAUCCUUUUGCGGUGGCUGGUGUCAAUAUCACUUUCAUGAUAAUACAAAUGCUAGAUCUUCAAUCCUCAAAGACGAGGACAUUCGCCAGAGCGGUCUUCGUCCAAAUGCUGUCUGAGGAUGAGUGGGCUUUCGACUUGCUCUACUGUGUAGCAUUCAUGUUGAUGGACAAGCAGUGGCUAGAACGAAAUGCUUCCUACAUGGAAUUCAAUGAGGUUCUGAAGUCGACUCGAGCUGCGCUCGAGAGGGAGCUUUUGAUGGAUGAUGUACUUAGGAUAGAAGACAUGCCUUCGUAUAGCCUCCUUGGAUGACUAGUCGAAUUGUAAAUUAUGCCUAAUCGUCUUGCUCAGUUCAUGGUUCCUUCACUGUCCGUAUGAAUUUCUUCCUUUCGGUCACUCUUAUCACUUUGAGAAUGAAUCGACUUGCUUAAGUUUAGAUUA